AUGGCGGAAGAAUCGAAUACUACACAAACCACCACAGAUGAAGAUACAAAUUCCGAACUUAUAGAUUCAAUUGUCACUUAUAGCACUGAUGCCGGCGAUAGCAGUUCAGAUUCAACUAGUCAAAGAGAUUCUUACGAUGAUUCUUCACAAAUUGAUAAUUUUCAUAAUAUAGAAGCUAACCGAGAUUCUAACAACAAUGAUAACAAUGAUGACGAUGACGAAGACGAAGAAAAUAUGGAUAAAUCCAGGGAUUCACAACCAUUCUAUAAGAAAAAACGGUUUUGGGCAAUUUGCUCUCUAGUAUCAAUCAUACUAUUAAUCAUUUUGCUUCCUAUAUUCUUUUUGGUAGUAUUCCCUUCAAUUGCCAAAAAAACAAUGGACAGAUCCACCAUCAAUGUUAAUAGUUUACUUAUAGAAGAUCCACAGGAAACAAAUUUCAAAAUGGAUCUUGCUGGCAAUGUUACCAAUGGUGGUGCUUUUCAAGUUAGAGUAGAUUUCCCAGAUCCUGUCACUGUAUAUUAUAAGGGUGGCCCUCUUGGUACAAUGAAUAUGAAUGGCGUGAAUAUUAAAAAUGGUAAUGGUCAAAUGAGCGCCAAUGAAAGUACUUUUGCAAUAUCCGACCCUAGUAACUUGAUAGCAUUCACAGCCGAUCUAUUAACUUCGGAAACUGUCGAUUGGGAGCUUAAAGGAAAGGUGAAAAUUCAACUUCAAUCUCUUCAUUUAUCAAAAACAUUGCCAUUAGACAAAAUUGUCACUCUUAAAGGUGCAAAUGGUUUUCAAGAUACAGUCAUAAAGAACCUCACCAUCACACAAAAUAAUGCAACAAAUACACUGGAUUUAUUUGUCACUGCUGUAUUACAAAAUCCUUCUCCAGUCGGUAUGGAACUUGGAAUAUUGGGACUGCAAGUUUACUACAAUUCUACAAUGGUUGCCCCUGUAACAACUGAUAGCUUCACCUUAGUUCCCGGUGAAAAUACAAUCAAUAUGAGAGGAAGCGUCACACCUCCUCAAACUGACAAUGACAAAGCUAAUAUUGCAGGGUUUGUAACAUCUUAUAUACAGGGACAAGGUGGUUCUGCAUUGGCUAAAGGUGUUUCAGCAACACCUAGUUCAGGUGCUCCUGUCAGUUGGUUGAAUACUAUUGUACAAGGGUUACAACUCAAUGCUAAAUUAGCCUCAGCUCAACCAUUUAAAGUUAUUACCGGUGUUGAUUUUGGCCAAAUGAAAUUGGUAUUCACCAAUGAUAGUGCUUAUGCUCCAAUAGCUUCUUCAAACGGAACUAUAGCUGAUUACGUACUACCCUUUGACAUCAGUUUACAAGUAACAGAAGUUUCACAAGAUAUCAAAAUUUUCACUCAAGAUCAAUUAGAAAUUGCUUCACUAACAAGCGGUUUUGGACCAGCAACAAAUGAUGCUAGUAGAAUUUUUAUAGAUAUACCGGCAACUCCAUUAGCAGCAGUACAAACUGAUGCCGGUGAACAAAUAUUUCAAGAUUUUCUUAAAAAUUUAACAUUGGGCAGUGCACUUGACUUCCAAAUAGUUGGUACAUCGAAUGUCGUUGCAAAUACUGUCAUCGGAAAUUUGACGUUAACAGGAAUUCCUCUAAACACAACAACAACAUUAAAUGGUUUUCAAGGUUUUGGUGUUAAAGCACCUGUAAUUAGUAAUUUGAAUCUUAUUGGCGGUACAAAAGAUGGUUUGGUUAUGAGCCUUAAUGUAGACUUGUUCAAUCCUACAAAUUUUACUCUUGAUGCUGGUAGCGUGGACUUUGAAAUGUUCUUAGAUAAUCAAACAGUUGGCUUUGCACAUGUUGCUGAUUUAUUACUCACUCCUGGUGAUAGUAAUUUGACUGUGACGGCAACACUUGAUCCAAAGAAUAAUCCAAGUGCUCAAGAAAUUUUAAAUUCUUUCCUUAAUGGUACUCAAGCAACCAUAGAAAUUGGUGGUUAUGAAGGUUCAACAACAAUUUCAAGUUUGACAAGCGCUCUUACUUCUCUAAGAAUAUCCAGCGCAUUACCACCAUUAACUACCAAAUUAUUAGGGAAAACAUCAUUAGGAAUUUUACCUGACACUGCUAAAAAUGGUAUUGCUAAAGCUUCUGUCGAUCUCAUAAAUCCUUUCGCAGCCGACCUUUCUAUUUCAGCGAUCCAAUCAACAUUAGGAUUUCACGGAAAACAAUUGGCCACUAUGAACAUAAAUAAUUUACCAACUCCAAUAGUUGCUGCUGGAAAUAAAACUACUGAAAUUGCCGGUUUACCGGUAACAUUAAAUAUCGAUCCAAUAUUUUUAUUCAACGUUAUGCGUACAUCUGCUGAAGAAGCCGGCCUAGAUUUAACUCCAAUUGAUGUUUUAUUGACACUUGGUGGAAUUACUGGUGUUGAAGGUUUUAAACCAAUCGACCUUAAAAGUGUUGAUCCAUCGAUUUUUAAAAAUUUUAAUAUGAUUGAUUAUGCCAAGCAAGCACUUAAUGCGAUGACUGUUGAUGUCAACAUGAAAUCCACCAUAACAGUGGGAGAAUAUACAUUUGAGAUGUCAUAUGUUCAAUUCGGUGUAGCUACUUCAACUGAUGACUCAAUCUCUCUCCUGAUCUCUGCUCUUUCAACACCAAUUGUACAAAAAGUUGUUGAUGGUUCAAAUAUCAGCUUCAGCAAAAUCUUUAUUGAAAAUCCAAGCGAAACUGCAUUUAGCGCUGAUAUCUCCGGCGAAAUUGAUGAUUCUGGACCUUUUGAUGCUACUAUUUCAUUCGGAAAUGGUGCAAUCUUAUCUUCCAAUAACGCAGAAUUCGGUAAAAUGGCUUUACCUGAUAUCAAAGCAGCCGAUGGUAAAGCUAUUCUUAAUAUACAACAAUCACCAUUUCAGAUUACAAAUGCUCAAGCUUUAGCUGGCUUUACCGACCAAAUUUUGACUAGCAAGAGUGCAAGUUGGACAAUGACUGCAAAUAAUAUUACUGUCAGUGCAUUAGAUUUAUCAAUACCAAAUAUUAGUCUUUCUAAAACUAUUGAUUUGGCUGGCGCAAAUGGUUUCCUCAACGAUAUUGAAGUUGUUAGCUUCUCACUACCUGGUGUUACACCUGAAGGCGGAAUGGCGGUAAGUGUCCAAGUAAAUUUAAAAAAUGAAGCAGUAGUCGGUGUAGAUCUUGGAACUGUAAAUUUCAAUAUGUUUUUCGAAGGAACAUUUAUUGGACCCAUAGCGGCCACAAAUGCAACAUUUUUACCUAGUACUACUGUACCUUUGACUCUUAAUGGUCAAAUUCUUCCUCCAACAUCUCCAGAAACCUCAGCAGCAUUAGAAAAACUUUUCAAGCUUUUCCUUGCCGGUGAACCUGUACCAUUCCAAAAUGUUGGUGACUCUGUCGUGACAAAAAAUGGCCCGGUUAGCUGGUUGAAUGAACCAAUCAAGAAAAUCAGUGUUACUCUUCCAAUCCAAGGUCCUAAACUAACUGAUGAAAGUGUUUUAACUCUUGACACAGCACUUAUUACUCAAAUCACAGCCAGUAGUUUUAAUGUCAAAAUGGCUGGUGAAAUCGCAAAGACUGGUCCUUUUGCUGCAACACUCAAUUAUCCAGAUGGUGUUGAUGUUUUAUAUGAUGGAGGUGUGAUUGGUAAUACUAAAAUGGAACCUAUUAGCGUACAACCAAACGUCACAGCUAAAAUAGAUCAAGUUGCUUUUUUCACAGUCAAAGAUAUAACUGGACUAGCUAAAUUCACUGGUGAUUUAUUGAAACAACCAUCUGUAAGUUGGGAACUUAAAACUGAUAAUAUGGUGAUUGAAGUUGGCAAAGUCCCUAUCGCAGGUAUACCAUUUGAUAAGACGGUUCCUUUGAUAGGAUUUAAUGGAUUAAAAGAUGGAAUUAAGAUAAACAAUAUCGUUUAUGGAAAAGGGGGCGACGGCAAAGGACUGCCUUUUACUAUCGACAGUACAUUGAUAAAUCCUUCAAAUGUUGGAAUCGAGUUGGGAACUAUAGUAUUUGACACGUCCGUAGAAGAUACACCUGUAUCACCAAUUACCGGCAACAAUGUUUUACUUGCACCAAAAGCCAACACCAAUAUUACUUUUACUGGUGAAAUAACAGAUUUCUCAGUAAUUGAAAAAAUAUUUGAAAUAAUAAGUAGUGGUAAACAACCAUUGUUGAAAAUAGCUGGUAAAUCAGUCGAUCCACCAAAUGCUGGCGGCCCAGUACCAUGGUUACAAAUACCAUUUUCUCAACUUUCACUUGAACUACCAUUCCCUCUUUCAGGUCUUCCUCCUAGUGGAAAUCAAACUGCUGGGCUCAACAGUCUUACACUCAAUUUUGAUGCAAAAAGUUUUGCUGCAGACAAAAGCUCCACGAUAAGUGCAUCGGUAACCAACCAAUUUCCAGUAGAUAUUGUCGUCCAUGGUGUUGAAGCAACAGCAAAUAUCGGAGGGAAUAAUUUAGGGUCAAUUAGUGUAUCGGAUCUUCCAAAAGAGCCUACUAUUAAAGCAGGUGAAACAACAGAACUAACGAUGCCAUUUUCUUUUGGAGCUGGAGCAGAUCUUGUUGGAAUGCAAAAAUUAGCUUCACAACCUGCCGAUUCUCUCGCUUUUGAUAUUACAUUAACCGCGAAGGUAUCAAUUGGUAAUUACCCUACAAGUCUUGAUUUUAAACAAAGCGCAGUUCCAUUGAAAAUUGCAGGAACGUCAGAUUUGUUUAAAUCACCUUCAAAUACUGCUACACCAACUGCAAAAGAUAAUACAAAUAAUUUGAUUGCUCGCACAAAAGGUCUUCCACCACCACCACUAGUAAACAUUGACACUAAAGGUCUUCCACCACCACCACUAGUAAACAUUGACACUAAAGGUCUUCCACCACCACCACCAGUAAACAUUGACACUAAAGGUCUUCCACCACCACCACUAGUAAACAUUGACACUAAAGGUCUUCCACCACCACCUGUAAAAAGAUUCAGACGAAGUGUGGCAUAUUAA